AUGACGCCGAUAGGCAGAGAUGGACAUUUUUCAUCUGAUGUAGUUGCGAGAGUGCUGCAACUGGACGCCUGGAACUACGUUGGUGGAACCUACGACAGCACAACAGGAGUGGCCUCCCUCUGGAGCAACGGGGAACUGGCACGUGAACAAUACAUCGGGGUUACUGAAGUUGCAAGUCAGCAUCCUGUCCGGGUGGCGGUGAGGGCCCAGGACGAAGAUGAUCCUCGGUACUUCGCGGGGCGUAUCGCCUGCCUGCAACUGUACAACUACGCCAUGACUCAAGAACAGAUUGUCGCAGCGCGCGAUGCUUGUAAAGAAUCGGUGUUUCCGACAGUCCCUGGUCAGUUGCUGACAACAACAACCUCAAGCGAUAUACAAACAGCCUACACCUGUGAGUGGGGCACCUUGCAUCUGUCGUGCGCGGAGGGUAAGACGCUCCUGAUCAUGGACGCCACCUUCGGCCGGGCGUCGCCCGAUCGGUACCCCGCCUGUGGAUGUUCCGUCUGUAGCACCAACUGCCGGGCAGCCAGCAGCCUGUCAGUGGUGAGGGGAGCCUGCCAGGGCCAACAGCAGUGCGCAGUGCGGGCCGAUUACUUCGUAUUCGGCGGAGACCCCUGCUUGGGUGUGCAGAAGUACCUGGAUACGUCAUACCGCUGUAUGACAGGUGUGUGGCUGGUAAGGGAUCCGUCAUGGGUUGUGGACUCCGCCGGCACACCGUGGGCCCCAGGCAACGGAGUGACGUAUGAUGCCGCAAAGGCCUUGGAUGGAGACACUGGGACCUACUGGAACCCCCAAGAGGUCUGGGCCAACUGUUACAUUGUACUGGACCUCACAGCGUCACAUACUAUCACUCGCGUCGCUGUAAACAACUACGGAGACACAAUCCAUGACAUUGCAGCCUUUACGCUGCAAAAGUCGCAGGUUGGGAGUCCGUACGACUGGGAGGGCGCCGUGACCGUUACUACCGUGCAGGGAGGGACGAGCCAGCGGCAGGAGUUCGGCGGGUUUGAGGGAACAGCUCGGUAUUGGAGGUUCCUAAUUACUGAGACCCACUCGGGCUGGCAGCCAUGGCUCAUAGAGCUAGACCUCUACGGACUAUUAGAAGGGUAGUCAGAUGGAGAACUGCAACCACUGUCCACAGCUUAAAUUCAAAUCAGUGGCAGACGGACGGAGUCUUCAACACGCAAUGGAGAAACACAUCUAUUGGUGUGAAUGUGUGUGUCAUGUUUCGACAAGAACUUUAUGUUCGCCGACGUUUCUUUGAUACCUUGUUUAUGGAUACAAAGUUAAGAUAACAAAUAAGUUUACAUGAUGGUUUGUUGGUUUUCAUAAUUUUCUCUCAUCACAAUAUAUGUUUUGCACAUGUUUUUGCACUUCUUCCCAUAUAUAAAUUUUGCUU